AUAAUGGGGUAUGAAUGCUUACAUUUAAUAAGGUUUUUUAGAAUGCUAUUUGUUUGUGUUUGGGAACUCUAAAAGAUGAAUUGUUGUUUUGUUUUGUUGUAUUCAUUUUAGCAGUUGGGUAUGUUGGAAAAGAUGGCAUUCUUUCAAAAAAGCUGAACAAUUUGACGAUUUGAUGAUUUCUUUUAGAACCCCACUUCAACUUUUCAAGUUCACUUUGGCGCCAAUCCCACAACUUGAAAGUGAGUCCCGUGUCUUCAGCCUCGUUUGCGGGUAACUGCUCUGCUAGCGAAGAAGUCCGACAUUUUUUAUGUUUAUGAAAACCUUAAAUUAAGAUGGACAUAAAAGGCCAACAGAGGAAAGUCAAAGUUAUCCAAGCCAAGAAGCGCAGAACAAAGCCUCCAGCCUCGAAAGUUCAAGCAAAAGUUAAAGAUGAUUCAACAAGGAAGCCACAAAGAAAUAGUAUCUCGCAGAUGACCGAAGAUGGUGGAGAUGAAGACUACAGAUAUGAAUCUUCAGAUUUGUCUGAAGAUGAUUACGAAGAAUCGGAAGAAGAACAGGAAGAUCCAUCAGAUUAUUGCAAAGGUGGUUACCAUGUUGUGAAGAUAGGUGACCUCUUUAACGACAGAUAUCACGUGAUAAGGAAGCUCGGUUGGGGACAUUUUUCUACCGUCUGGUUAAGCUGGGAUCUAAAGAUGAAAAGUUUCGUCGCUCUGAAGAUUGUCAAAAGUGCUUCCCAUUAUACUGAAACAGCCGUUGAUGAAAUGAAACUUUUGCAAACGGUUCAUACAGCUGACCCAAAGGAUCCAGGAUACCCGCAUGUGGUCCAACUUUUAGACAAUUUCAAGAUUUCUGGAAUUCACGGAACUCAUAUUUGUAUGGUUUUUGAGGUGCUAGGCCAUAAUCUUCUUCGCAUGAUUAUAAAAUCGAACUACAAAGGGAUUCCCUUGCCUCUUGUGAAAACAAUCAUAAAGCAGACUUUGGAAGGGCUUAACUAUCUACACACAAAAUGCAAAAUCAUUCACACUGACGUAAAGCCUGAAAAUAUACUGGUUUGCAUUACCCAAGAUGAUAUUCAGAAGUUGGCUUCAGAAGCUGCCUCUGCCUCUGCUGCUGGGAAGGUUUCAAGGUCAUUAGGUGGAACCGCGCCAGUUCAUGUCGCCGAAAAGCAGCAAAUGGCCAAUGGAAAAAUGUCGAGAAAUAGAAAAAAGAAAUUAAAAAAGAAAAUUAAAAAACAGCUUGAAAAGCACAAUAAUGGCACAAACUCGAAUACGACUGAGAAAGACGAAACAAAUGAAGAGCCUCUUGAGGAAAAAGAGAAUGAAGAAAUUUCAAAAAGUAAAGGUUCUGGUAAAUCGAUGGAUGAAGGCUACGAUAUCAAUUUUCAAAAUCAAAGGCAAGGAGUAAAUAAGAAUGAAAAGGGUUGCGGAAAUUUAUCUUGUAAUGAAGAUGUCACCAUGAAAAGUUUUGAAAAAGAGAAUGAAGUCAACAAGGACAAGAAAGAUAGAUGUGAAGACAAAGAUAAGCCUUCUAGUGACGAACAAAACAACGAAAUAUUGGAUCAUGUUUACAAUAGUUUUAAUGGAGAUGUCGAGAAACAAAUUGCUGAUACUCUAAAACUGGAUGACGAUGAUGAGAUGGAAACGACAGAAAAAGGUCCAAAAUACGCUUGUGAGGUGUCAGGAACUCUAAAUGAGAAUAUUAAAGUUAAGAUUGCUGAUCUGGGCAAUGCUUGUUGGAUUCAUCACCAUUUCACUGAAGAAAUUCAGACCCGGCAGUAUAGAAGCAUAGAGGUUUUAAUUGGCUCAGGGUAUGGACCCCCUGCAGAUAUUUGGAGCACUGCUUGCAUGGCUUUUGAACUUGCAACUGGUGACUUUCUUUUCGAACCUCAUUCCGGCGAAGACUAUUCAAGGGAUGAAGAUCAUAUUGCUCUGAUAAUGGAGCUGCUAGGGCGCCUGCCAAAGCACAUAUCCUUAUCCGGAAAAUACUCGCGCGAUUAUUUUACCCGAAAAGGCGAUUUGAAACACAUAAAGAAAUUGCGCCCAUGGUGCCUUCGCGACGUUCUCAUCGAUAAAUACGAAUGGCCAGUCAAGGAUGCAGAGCAGUUCUCUUCGUUCAUUGAGCCAAUGUUAGACUACGUCCCAGAGAAACGAGCAACCGCUGCGCAGUGUUUGAACCACGAAUUCUUGCUCACCUAAUCAUGCUUUGGCCUUGAAAACAGUUGUUUUAAUCAUACUUCCAUCACGUGUAAAAGAAGUUCAUCCGAAGGGGCCAGUCUAGGUUUUCUGGUCGGACGUUCGUUGACUGCACACGUGGCCAAGGAAUUCUUAGACCGAGGGUAGAAGAACUCAAGAUACCAAUCAAGCAGUGUGCUCGCCCAUGUUCAUACAACAGUCUCAAGUGCUGACGCCUGCUGACGCCAUUGCUUUUAUUUUCAUCAGUGUCUUUACACGAUGAUGCUGUUAAAAACUCAAAGUGAAAAUAGGAUUGGACUUCCUUACGCGUUUCAAAAUAUUCACCUGUAACAUUUCUUCCAGCUUUUUCAAAGUCCAGUUUGUUUAACUUCAUGUCCUUUUCUGGGAAAAGGAUAUCAGAGGCUGUUCUUAGUUUACGAUAGCACCCUAUCACUGCUAGUAAUAGGCUCUGGAAGUUUCUCCUGAUUUUUUAUGCCAUGUUUUGUAAACUAUGUAUAAAGACUAAAGACAGAUUUUUCUGUGAUAACGAUCCCCGAUGUUGUGCCAUUUUCUAGUGUGCAAUGCUUUACGGUUCUCAUUCGUUUAUUAAACAAAUUCAACUUACAACCUCUCCAAACUUCGUUGUACGACUUGAUUUGCUCCGAUUAGGGCUCACCCCUCAAAUAUUGUACUGUAGAUUUCUUGCGAUAUAAAAGGGUUUCAUGGCAAAAUGGUUUUUGGUGAAAAUUUUCACCCUCAGUUGCUAAUCACGGGCAAACACGAAAACUUACUAAUAUUCAGGUCCUCAAUCUGAAUCCGAAAUAAAAAAUUUAGGACUGAAAAGAUCGAUGUAUUUUCAAAACGAGGUCAUAGCUGAAUUCGUAUUUUAACGAACUCGUGUCAAAGCUAUGACCCUGUGGAUGGUAUUUAUAAAGUGUAUUCAAAAAAGGCAAAGACGUUUUUCUUGGAAGAAGGGAAACCUGAAAAGCUUCUGUUUCCUACCCUCGUUCUUAGUGCAGUAGAUUCAGAGUCCAGCCAGUUUUUAACCUUUUCAUAUUUAUUUAUUUGCUACUUUUUGUAUGCUUUGCUAUGACGCUUUUAGUGGUGGUUCCCAGUUCUGCGUCAAAUUAGGCCCUGGUAAACACCAUUUUUGGCUUCUUCCCACUGCCAUAAAGAUGCUUGCUGCAGACAUCUAUCCCAAGUUGGUAAGUCAUUCAACGUACCUUGUUUGUUUAUUUUUAGGAACUUAAAUGUGCAGCUUUGUAUAUCGUAAACUCUGUAUAGCAUAUUUUGGUUAUUAUUGGUCGUUAAGUGAAGAAUGUUUUGUCUCGUUCAAUUUAAAUUUAUGUAUUUGUAGCCCGAAUUGAUCUUGACAACAUUAAGGCGCUUUUUUGUCAACGAGCCUGUUCGUGCAGAUAUGCCAUGGUCUAUUUAAGGUAAUGAACUAAGAACUCUAGUUAUGCCUAUCGUGGGA